UAAGGGAAUUUAGUUUUAAACUAAAACAUUUUUACAUUAUAGGUGUAGCCAGGGUAAAAAAUGGGACAAAUAGAAAAGUUCAUGAAUAAAUAAAUAAAUAAAUUAUUUUGUUAGUUAAUUUAUUUUCUUUAUGAAAGCUCAUUUGUUGUUCUUUGGGAUGCAUUAUGAGUGAAAUGUUAUUUGCAGUACUUUUAACAGUGUUUGAUUGUAGUUACAUUUGAUUGACGUUAUGUGACGUGCAUGAGGAGUUUGGAGGGAGAGAGCGGAAAGGGAGAGCGGAGGAGAGUUCCGGUUUUGGCAGGGAAGGACUGAGCAGCGAAUGAAUGCGUUAGUUCGUAUGCCCCAGUAACAUAAGUUUGUGCCGUGGUUCGUCCACCAGAUGGUCCACUUUAUGAUCGAGUGCUGAAAACGUUAGUAGAUUACAGUAAGUCUUCGCCCAGGACUUGUGACUGUUGGAUACCGUGACGUUAGCCUCGUAUGUAGCCGACGCUAACAGGUUUAGCAAAGGACUGAGUUGCCGUCCACAAGAUCGGCUGAAUUAAAAAACCCUGAGAAGACUGUUCCCGGACUGGAGAACGAGCGAUUCGAUCCAGAUAGCACUCUGAGCCACCCAGGAAGCUCAGAGGACCUCUGGCGACGUGGGAAACGAGACGAAGACGAGGAAGUGGUGACUGCUAACGGCAACGCCGGUUUCAAAAUGGAGUCGGAGCUGUGAGUCGGAGUGUGCCAUUUCCGGACAGGAGCCUCGCGAGGAGAAGAGAAGUUGGUUGGAUUAAAACUCAAGUGCACAAGGUACCUUAUUUUAUUUUAUUUUGCUGGUUCAGUGAAGCGACUGUGGAGUUUUUGGUCCCUACGAACCCAAGCAUCGAUUCAGGCCUGCAACGUAGGAGUUCAAAGGGGGUUUGCCGGCUUUAGCAUAAGAUAAAAGCAAAUUUACUGAACUGUGAUUGAGCGUUUUGCCUACACUGUGAGUGUGUGAUUUUUAUUUGUGCAAUAAGAGUCUAUAUUUUGCUUAAUUUGGUACCAAAUCACCAUAUUAUUAUUGCUUUAUUUUAUAUCCAUUUAACUUUAAUUAAAAAAGGGGUUAAUGUUCACAUUAUAACUUGUGUUGGGAUUUUAUUGAUUAUUUGAUUUCAUAUUCACUGUGGAGUUCACGAUUAUUUUAAAUAGUGCCAUCGAUCCAAAAUAAUAUUACUUUCUGUAAAAGUGAACAGAGAAUAAGAACCCAGAGCCCACUCAUUUAAUCUACGAGUACAGAAGGGCUACAUAAAAUGGAGGCACCGCUGGGAUAUUUUGGGUCGUUAUAAAUAAAUUUAAAGGGGCAAUAGCUUAUUAAAGUUUUCAUACGGUGACUGAUUUUGAAAUUUUACAAUAUUGCAAGACAGUAAGACGAUGGCAGAUCAUUCCCAACUGGCUGAAGAACUAAAGAGGUGGUGUAGGGGAGAAGGUUUGGAAGAAGUUAAAGCUCUCAUGAUUAUGGCUCCUGAAGAAGUGGAAACAGCUGAAAUAGAGGAAACCAUACAGACUGUUAAAUGCUUGGGCCGAGUCCGUGUCAGAGGGCGAAUGUUCUAUCCUACCCAGAACUGUGUGAUGGUUUUGUGUGAAUGCAAAGAGGAUUGCAAUGAAAAUGUACCACCUGAAGUUUUUCAUGCAGGAAGUGAGACAAGUUGGCCAAUAAUAACCCUAAGUGAAGCUCCAGCCCCAAGGGAUUUCAGUUUCAAGUUGAAAGCUUUGAUGGAUGCUGAGGGAAAGACUAUGAAUGACAUUAAAGGGUUAUUACCAGAAUCGGUUCCACAAAUCAGCGCCACGGAGUCUAUUUUGCAAGCAGUUGGUGAUUUCCUGCAAAAGGCUCACAAGCCGCAGCCUGAAGGGGGAUACCGACGUUUACGUUUGUUCUCUGGGAACAUGCCGGUCCCACCUAAUGAGGAGCCUUUUGACCAGUGGCUUGAGCAGGCAUGGCUCAUGGUAGAGGAAAGUGAAGGCACGGAGAAGGAAAAAAGACGCAGGUUGAUGGAAAGCUUAAAGGGGCCCGCACUGGAAAUUGCAAAGUCGAUUAGAGAGGCAGACCCUGAAGCAAACCCUACUGUCUACCUGGAGGCGCUAGAGAGUUCAUUUGGCACAGCUGAGUCAGGGGAUGACCUCUACUUUGCAUUUCGGCUAAUGCAACAGCAGCCAACAGAAAAACUGUCUGAUUUUCUGAGACGGCUGGAAAGAGCGCUCUCUAAAGUUGUACAGAGGGGAGGGUUCUCAGCUGACUACAAAGACAAAGCUCGCUUAGAACAGCUUCUGAGAGGGGCGGUUGCUUCAGAUCUCAUGCUAAUCCAGUUACGCCUGCGAGAAAGAAAGAAUGCACCCCCUACUUUCCUGCAGCUCCUAAGAGAAAUCCGUACAGAAGAAGAGUAUGAGGCUUCAAGGAGAAGACUAAACACUUCAGUCCACUCCAUACAACCAAAGCAAUCAGUAGAUGUCAGCCCGACAGAAAUACAAAAUCUUAAAGCUGAAGUUAAAGAACUCAAGACCAAGUUAGCAUCCUGCAUGACAAGUUCUCAAGAUGUGAAAGAGAAGAGUUAUAGUGCUACUCCAGUAUCCACAAUAUUGUCCAAUGAACACAGUGGUGAAACUGAGCUCACUGCUUUGAAAAAACAAGUCAAAAGACUACAACAAAAAGUGGCUCAGAGAGAUAUGGUUCCAGAAACCUCGGCCAAACCAACUUCUGUCACUGCCGUGGAGGUUAAGCAAAAAACUAACCCUCCUAGCCGAAAUAGACAACAAUCAGACGAGCAGUUUUGCUACCGAUGCGGCGAGAAAGGUCAUUUCAUGGCAAAGUGUCGCAAUAAUGAAAAUCAAACCAAAGUGAUCAGAAAGCUCAUCCAAUCAGUAAAGAUGAUGAAAGGGAGUCAAAGUGCAGACACCAAUUCUACCUCGGACACAAACUGUCAGGUCAAGCAAGGUCUACUGACUUCCCCAACUCCAGCUGGAAUCCCUGAAGGUUUGAUUGGACCACCAAGUGUUGUGCCUUUAAAAAUUAAUGGACAAUCCUGUGAUGCACUAUUUGACAGCGGCUCUCAGGUCACUAUUAUUUUUGAACCAUGGUACAAGAAGCACCUUUCCUCAGUCCCGGUGCAUCCUGUGGCUGGUCUUGGCCUCUGGGGUUUAAGUGAGUCCAGUGUUAGCUACCCAUAUCAUGGUUAUGUGGUGGUUGAUGUUGAGUAUUCAGCUGCCGUAAUGGGCACCAGCCACACUGCGACAGUUCUUGCAUUAAUCUGCCCCAGUCCAAAAGAAGAUCAGAUCCCAGUCAUUGUGGGCACAAAUACCAGGCAUGUACGUGACCUGGUAAAGCAAUGUAAAGAGCAAGGGUUUGAUAUUACUAAGACCCUAGGUAUCCAAGCCCAUUGUGACAAGACACAUACGCUGGCAGGCUCGGUGUCUUUAGCCUCAAGUGAUGAGGUGGGCAGUGUGAUAUGGACUGGUCCGAGCCCUUUGAUUCUGCCUCCUGGACAAGACCUGCAAGUUUCUUGUAAAGUUGACCUCAAACAAGCAGUUGACAAAGAGAUUCUGAUGGUGGACACUUCUCCAUUGGCACCUCUGCCAGGAGAUGUACUUUUACAGCCCAUGGUGGUACCAGCCAAUGCUGUACAGGUCAACAAUUUCAGAAUUUUAGUGCAAAACCAGUCUAUCAAAGAGACCAUUGUUCCAGUGGGAGCUGUCAUGGCUCAUGUGUAUCUCACUGAAAGUGUAAUCUCCAUGCCCAUCCCAAAUCUAGAAUCCCCAAAGUUUGAUAGCAGGCAGAUCGACUUUGGUGAAUCCCCCAUUCCAAAGGAAUGGAAAGAUCGACUUAGACGAAAACUGGCUUCCCAUUCCCAAGUCUUCUCAGUACAAGAGUGGGACGUAGGCCUAGCCAAGGAUGUGGAGCACACCAUCCGUCUAUCGGACCCAAGUCCUUUCCGCCAAAGAUCACGACGACUGGCUCCAGCAGACAUAGAGGAUGUGAGAAAACAUCUGCAGGAAUUACUAGGUGCUGGCAUCAUCAAAGAGUCCCGUAGCCCCUAUGCAUCUCCCAUUGUCAUAGUUCGCAAGAAGAAUGGAGCAAUACGGAUGUGCAUAGACUACAGGUUGCUAAACAGUCGGACAGUGCCAGACCAGUACACAACCCCCUGCAUAGAAGAAGCUCUCGACUCUUUGUCUGGAAGCAAGUGGUUCUCUGUAUUGGACUUACGUAGUGGGUACUAUCAGAUAGCCAUGGCAGAGGAGGACAAGGAGAAAACGGCAUUCAUUUGCCCACUUGGUUUCUUCCAAUUUGAGAGAAUGCCUCAAGGAAUAACAGGUGCACCAGCGACUUUCCAAAGGCUAAUGGAAAAGACAGUCGGAGACAUGAACCUGCUGGAGGUCCUGGUUUACCUGGAUGACUUGAUUGUUUUUGGAAAGUCACUAGAGGAACACGAGGAAAGACUCCUCAAAGUCUUAGAUCGACUUGAAGAGGCUGGCCUAAAAAUUUCCCUGGACAAAUGCCAGUUUUGUCAACCACAGGUGAAGUACCUUGGGCAUAUUGUGUCUGCUCAAGGUGUCUCUCCUGAUCCUCAGAAAAUCGAGGCGGUUACCACCUGGCCUCAGCCCAAAGAUUUAAAGACUCUGAGAUCUUUCUUGGGGUUCUGUGGGUACUACCGGAGGUUCAUAGCCAAUUAUGCUGCUAUUGUGAGACCACUUACAGAGCUGACCAAAGGCUAUGCCCCAACCCAAAAGAGCAGAAAAAAAUGUCCAGAUCCCUCUAAGACUUACUUGAAAGAGUCUGAACCCUUUGGUGAGAGGUGGGAUGAUGCCUGUUCUCAAGCCUUCAACCAGAUAAUUCACUGCUUGACCCAUGCACCAGUACUAGCUUUCGCUGAUCCUACAAAGCCCUAUGAACUGCAUGUCGAUGCUAGCUUUAAAGGCCUUGGAGCUGUACUCUAUCAACAACAAGAGGAUGGUUUGAGGCCGGUGGCGUUCGCUAGUAGGAAGCUGAGCCAGUCAGAAAAGCGUUACCCUAUACACCAGCUAGAGUUUUUGUCACUCAAAUGGGCAGUGGUGGAUCGUUUCCAUGACUAUCUGUAUGGAGCUCGCUUCACAGUACGCACGGACAAUAACCCUUUGACGUACGUGCUCUCAACGGCCAAGCUCAAUGCAGUAGGGCACAGAUGGCUCGCAGCUUUAUCAACCUAUGACUUUGAUGUUCAGUACAGACCGGGCAAGCAUAAUAUUGAUGCAGACAUUCUAUCCAGACGUUUUCCUGAUUUAGACCCAGACACCGAAUGGGAAACCAUAUCUGAGUCAGUGGUUAAGUCAAUCUGUCAAAAAGUCAAAGUGUCUGGAACCCCGGACAGUCCUAUCCGCUGUGUUGACCAGAUUGGAGCUUCCCCAGAGUGUGUUCCAGACAUCUACGCCUUCCCAUUGCAAAUGGAGCUUCAGUCAUUGGAACAAUUCCCAAAAGCUGAUCUGGUCAAGGCCCAAAAAGAGGAUUCAGUGAUUGGACCGGUCAUCCAAGCACUUCAACAUAAUCAGUGGACAGGCUUAAGUCCUGAGAUUGCAUCCAUGAAGCGCGAGAAAGAUAAGUUGACUAUACGAGACAACCUGCUCUAUCGCAUCAUUAAGAGACCCGGGUCUCAAGAUACAGAGUCAUUCUCAGAGGAUGAGUACUACCAGCCUCUAAGACCGUACUACUGCUCAAGAGAGAGGAUUCAAGAAGGCAUAAGGCACGCUAUUCAGUCUCAAGAAAGAAGACGAGAUAACCUCAUCUAUGAACAAGACAAUGGAGAGGAGGACAGACAUCCUAAUGGGGACAGUGCUGGUGAGGAACCACAGAAUGAGAGUACUGUUCCCGGACUGGAGAACGAGCGAUUCGAUCCAGAUAGCACUCUGAGCCACCCAGGAAGCUCAGAGGACCUCUGGCGACGUGGGAAACGAGACGAAGACGAGGAAGUGGUGACUGCUAACGGCAACGCCGGUUUCAAAAUGGAGUCGGAGCUGUGA